AUGCGGCCAACAACCAGUCAACUCUGGGCCACUCUGGCGGCCUCGGCUGUCCAGGCCACUUCGCUUGCCGAUGUCAAGCACAUUGUCCUCUUCAUGCAAGAGAACCGUGCCUUUGACCACUAUUUUGGAACCAUGGCUGGCGUCCGAGGCUUUGGCGAUCCCAACGUACAAGUCAACGACGAUGGCUACUCGGUAUUCGAGCAACAAAUGGCAAACACCGAAAACGGCACACACACCCUCAAGCCCUGGCACAUCAACUACCUUGGCGGCGAGUGGAAAGAGUCGACGCAAUGCAUGGGCGGUGGUGACAAUGGCUGGAGUACCAUGCAUACAGCUUACAAUGGUGGCCUUGGCAACCAGUGGAUACAAGCCGACGAAGGCUACGGCAUGGGUUACUUCAAGCGGCAGGAUAUCGCCACGCAUUUCGACAUUGCUGAAGGUUGGACUUUGCUAGAUAUGAACACCCAAAGUGUUCUGGCUGCCACCGAUCCCAACCGCAUCAUGUGGAUGAGCGGCUCCAUCAAUAUUCCUGGAUCACCCACCAACCCAGACGGCGAGGGCGGUCUAAUCAUCGACAACAAUGCCACUCCUGGCUGCGAACAACCCAAAAUCAAUUGCUUCCCCUUCGUUUGGAAGACCUUUCCUGAAUACCUCGAGGAUGCCGGCGUCUCGUGGCAGGUCUGGCAAGACUUUGACAACUUUGAAGACAACAUGCUUGCCUACUUUGAGCAGUACCAAAAGGCUGCAAAUGGCUCCGCUCUGCGCAACAAGGGAAAUUCAUACCCCGGACUCGACGCAUUCUAUGAUGCCGCGAAAAGCGGCACCCUGCCUCAGGUCAGCAUCAUCGUCGGCCCCCAGGAGCUGGCGGAGCAUUCGCCCAACAUGCCAAUCGACGGUGCAUGGCUCCAGAAGCAGAUCGUCGAUGCCGUGACCGGCAGUCCUGCCUAUAACGAGACAAUUCUCAUCGUCAGCUAUGACGAGCAAGGUGGCUGGAUGGACCACGUCGUGCCAAUGGUGGCGCCCAAAGAUACCCCCGGCGAGUGGCUCAACGUUGAAUCGCUCGGUGGCGAGAGCCCUGUCGGGCCUGGCUGGCGAGCGCCGCGCUAUAUCAUCUCGCCCUGGACGCGAGGUGGUAAUGUGUUCACAGAGCCUUCUGAUCAUACAUCGGACAUCAUGUUUGUCGAAGCCUGGGCCAAGGCAAACGGAUACGAUGUGGAGACGCCUAACAUAACACCUUGGCGGCGCAAGCACAUGUCGAACCUGGUGAAUGCGUUUGAUUUCCGUCAUACCGACUACUCUGUCCCGCCCAUUGCCUCUGUUCGCAUGCCUGAAACCGACCCGAGUAAGGCAUGGUCAGGAAACCUGAGUCUUGGCUCGCUGGAUGGACCCUGGGUUGGGCCGGCGCGGUGCCUGCAGGAGCACGCCAUUGGCAACAGACCACCAAUCCCAUAUGGCGAGGAGAACGCCAAGCAGGACAUGUCGUCACUAGUAGAAGACGGCUUCAAGACGAUGCGUGGCCAGCUCACCGAAGGGCGAUACGUGGUGUUUGAAGCUGACGGCUUUGCGCUGACCAACCUGGGGGGCAUCGUUGGAAUCAGUAGCGGAAACCGCAAGCAUGACAAGAUUGAGCAGCGCUGGAUCCUGCACAGCCUCGCCGACUAUGGCAAUCAAUUUUACCUGCAGUCAGCCAAGGAUAAGGAGUACAUCCGAGCAGGCGGCACGCUGACGUCGGACAAGAACAAGGCGCAGACCUUGACAAUUGACUAUCAUGCCGACACAGCUGGGUACACUCUGAAGGCGGGUGGUGGCAAGCGCGCGGUGACGGUGGAGACGAGGACACAUCGCACCCGUACCAAGGGAGAGGUCAACUGGAGCGGCGGGGGUACGAAAUUUACUGCGUAUGCUGUCUCUUACAAGUCAUAA